CCUCCUCCUCCUCCUGCUAGCUUAGCUUAAUUUAGCUUAGGUUAGCCUAGCUUAGCCAAACUGGAUGUUGUUGUCACCGCCGCCUUUGCAGGCAGCUUUUAACACCGCCUGUUAACAGCCUCGUCCAUUUACUGCACUCCGAACUCUCCAGCAGCCCCCAGCCUGUAUGGUGUUGUGAAGCGGAAUAAGAAGAAAGAAGCCGCCGGUGCUGCUGAUGGAAUUUAAACACACAACAAUGGCGAGUCCCAGCCCCAACAAGUCGUCUCCGUGCAGCAACAACAGCGGCUCAGUGGGCGCAGCGUCGGCAAACAACCAGCAGCAAACAUCUCAACACAUUACAACAGUCAGCAGCUUGCAAGACUCCAACACCUGCUGGAGAUGUCAGAGUGAAACAGGCUUUCAGAUAAACCUCUCUGGCGCCCCCCCAAGUAAACGUAAAGCCCUCAAACUGAACUUUGCCAACCCUCCCAUCAAGCCCACCACCAGAUUCACACUGAACACGGCCGGGCUGCCCUUCCAGAACCCGCACAUCGAGAGGCUGAGGACGCACAGCAUCGAGUCCUCCGGGAAGCUGAAGAUCUCCCCGGAGCAGCACUGGGACUUCACGGCCGACGACCUGAAGGACUUGGGCGAGAUUGGCCGCGGGGCGUAUGGCUCCGUCAACAAGAUGGUGCACAAGCCCAGCAACCAGAUCAUGGCGGUCAAGAGGAUUCGCUCCACGGUGGACGAGAAGGAGCAGAAGCAGCUGCUGAUGGACCUGGACGUGGUGAUGCGCAGCAGCGACUGUCCUUACAUCGUGCAGUUCUACGGCGCUCUUUUCCGAGAGGGCGAUUGUUGGAUCUGCAUGGAACUCAUGGCUACCUCCUUAGACAAGUUUUACAAAUUUGUAUAUUGCUCCUUAGAUGAUGUGAUUCCAGAGGAAAUCCUGGGAAAAAUAACUUUAGCUACUGUGAAAGCACUUAACCACCUAAAAGAAAACUUGAAAAUAAUCCACAGAGACAUCAAGCCCUCAAACAUUCUUCUGGAUAGAAACGGCAACAUCAAACUGUGCGACUUCGGCAUCAGCGGCCAGUUGGUGGACUCCAUCGCUAAGACCCGGGACGCUGGAUGCCGACCGUACAUGGCGCCAGAGAGAAUAGACCCCAGCGCGUCCAGGCAAGGCUACGACGUGCGCUCUGACGUUUGGAGUUUGGGCAUCACGUUGUAUGAGCUGGCGACGGGCCGCUUCCCCUACCCAAAGUGGAACAGCGUGUUUGACCAGUUGACCCAGGUGGUGCGGGGCGAACCCCCCCAGCUCAGCAAUUCUGAGGAGAGACGCUUUUCUCCCAAAUUUAUCUCCUUCGUCAACGUGUGCCUUACCAAGGAUGAGUCGAAAAGGCCAAAGUACAAAGAGCUGCUGAAAGACCCGUUCAUUCAGAUGUACGAGGAGCGCUCGGUAGACGUCGCGGCUUACGUGUGCAGACUUCUGGAUCAGAUGCCGACCUGGCCCAGCUCGCCUUCCUACAUGGACUGACUGCAAUGAGCAGACGCAACAAUAAAGACUUCAUCCUGGAAAGCAAACAAAGCUCUCGUGUACAUUUGUCCCAAGACAAGCAAGCUGAUCAUCUCAUUCACGUCUGUAGGAUGCAUUUCUGUUGGGCAUGUUUUCACACACACGAUCAGUCAGUUCAACAAAUAACAUGAUUUAUUAUUAUUAUUAUUAUUAUUAUUAUUAUUAUAUAGAGUAUUGACUCCUGCUGGAACCAUGCUGUCUGUGAAUUGUUACUCUUGAUUGAAAGCGUCGUCUUUGCUCUCCUAAGAAACAUGUUUGUGUAAAAGUCAGCACUGAGAUGCUGACCUUCUCUGUGUAAGUGAGGGUAUAAUGCUGAUAGUAUAUUAAUAAAGACAACA